AUGGCCCUGGCCGCCGCCCUGGCCGAGCUGCACGCACAGGCCCGCUGCCCGCUCUGCCAGGGGCCCCUGCGCGCGCCCCUGACCCUGGACUGCGGCCACAACUGCUGCUGCUCCUGCCUGCGGGGGCGCUGGCAGCACCUGCGGGAGCCCCUGCCCUGCCCCGUGUGCCAGCACCCCUGCCCCCAUGAGCCCCGCGGGCCCAACACGCAGCUGGCGCUGCUGGCCGACCUGGUCAGCCGGCUGCCUGGCCCGAGGCCCGAGGGACACGCGCCGGAGGCCCGAGGCCGCUGUGCCGCGCACCUGCAGCCCCUGAGCCUGUUCUGCGAAGACCACCUGGAGCUGCUGUGUGGCCAGUGCGGCGCCUCUGCUGCCCACCGCGGCCACCGCCUCACGCCCAUCGGCGCCGCGGCUGCUCAUCACAGGACCAAGCUCAAGGGCUACCUGGAGCCUCUGCACAAGCAGCUGCAGGAGGCACAGAGGGCCCGGGAGCUGCAAGACGCCGAGAGACAGGAGUGGAGAGAGCAGGUGGCCAAGCAAAGGAGUGAUUUGAAAUCUGAAUUAGAACAACUGAAGUAUUUAUUGAAAGCAGAACAGAACUUAAUUAACUACAGGCUACAAAGGGAGAUGAGGAGUAUGUCCCAGACAUUGCUAAAACACCACUGCCUGUUGUCCAACUACCGCUCCACCCUAGAGUGUCUGAUGACUAACGUCUCCCGGCUGUGUCUGCAGCCAGACCUGGGCCUGCUCAGUGGGCUCAGGGCCGUGCACCAGGAGUGGAACAAGUAUAAGAGCAUCGAGCUCCCUGCAGCCUUCUCCUACCAAUAUAUUGAGCCGACUUACACCUUCCCCCCACAUCACAUUGGCCUGCAGAACAUAAUCAGCAAGUUCCAGACGGAUUUGACCCUGGAUCCCGAAACCGCUCACCCCAGUCUGAUCAUCUCCCCGGACAGGAAAACUCUGAGUUGUCGCCAGGGAAGCACAGAGCCCGCCUCGGACCCUCCGCCCAGGGCAUUCACCUCUCAGGAAGCCGUCCUGAGUGUGGAGGGGUUCGAAGGUGGCAGGCACUUCUGGCAGGUCGAAAUCCGAGGCUCGGGAAUGUGGGCCCUGGGCGUGUGCGAGGAAUCCUGGCCCAGAAAUGCGCCCGUGACACCCACCCCUGCCGACGGCCUCUGGCAGCUCCAGCAGUUCACUGGCCUUCAGCUGGACUCUCACCGAGCACACUAUCGUGUUGGUGUGUUUCUGGACUUUGAGUUGGGAGAAGUUUCCUUUUAUGAUUUGGAUAAGAGGUCCCACAUCUCUACACUCACCGGGACCUUCACAGGAAAGCUCCUGCCCUUUUUCUCUCUUACAUCCUUGGCCUUGGACUUUUUUUCUAUGACUGUUGUCAGCCAGGAAUGGUGA